AUGGGGAAGGACAAUCCAAGCAGGAAGGCCAAAGACAAGACUGUCUUUCAGUUCUUUGGUCCCUCUGCAAGGCCUCGAAUUGGUGACGCCGCGACGACUGACGACGAAAACCGCAAGGAGGGCGAGGAGAACGCCCAUAAUGGCAACGGCAAAAAGUCCGACAAGACAAAAGGCCCAAAGACACUGAGUGUCUUUGACCCAAACCAUAAGGACAAUGACAAGAAUGCCAACGACAAGAAAGCCAAUGCCAACGACAAGGGAAAAGGUCCUGAGAUUAUGAGUUUCUUGGAACCCUCCCGAGCCCACUUGGCUGCAGCACAGGCGCACUUGCUACCCGCUGCAAGUUCUGAGUCUGAAGCCCAACAAGAUACCACUUUGGAGACUAUGGAGCCAACUGAUGCGACAUUGCCCAUUUCUGGUUCUAACAGCAGUGUAGUGGUAGAAGCGCUGCCUGGGGCCAUGCUAUAUCAAGGCGGAGAGUACAUACCAGCAGCUGAAGCAAAUGCUGACUAUAUCGAUGACAUUGAUUCGGAGGAGUACGUUGUCCCGCAGCAAACCGUCGAUCAAACUAUAUUGGCCUCUGCUCGUCCUGUGGAAGAAUUGAAUCCUGACGAACUUCCCUUGGCUCGACCAUCGGAAGCCAGCAACAGCUCCAGGAAGCAAAAAAGUAUGCUUGUGGAAUCUGUAUUUGUGUGUGUGGGAUUGGCAGUUAUUGCAGGGGCAGUGCUUUUAGUGGCCCUUCUUCUUCGUGAUACGAGCAGAGGAAAUGAUAGUGGCCUAACACUGCGCGAUGGCCUUACCAGAGAAGAAUACAUGCUGGGCUUGUUGCCUGACUACACUCAGGCUGAGAUUAACAGGAACACCACUGCAACGUCAACUGCAACGGCAAGCCAGCGGUCUCCUCAGGCACAGGCAUUCAAUUGGUCUAUCCAUGAUCCAAGGUUUGAGAACUACACGGAUUGGAAGCUUGUUCAGAGGUUUGCCUUAGCUUGCUUGUACUUCUCUACUGGUGGACAGACUCACUGGACUGAGAAGGGGAACUGGCUAUCGUAUGAGAUUGAUGAAGCUAAAUGGUUCUGGUCACGAAGUACCUUCCCCUUCGUUCGCCUCGCUUAUAACCUCAUCAAUGAAACGAGUGAAGAGCUAAGCAAUUUCUGGCUUGUUAACAAUCGGUUGAACGGCACAAUCCCACCUGAAUUCUUCUUGUUGACCUCUAUAAGGUCCAUUGACCUCUCUGGGAAUCAAAAUUUGAGUGGCUCGAUUCCUUCACAGAGUGGGAACCUACAACGAUUGGAAAUGUUUCUUGCGUCAGGUUGUGACUUGGCGGGGACCCUGCCAAGUGAACUUGGCCAACUUCAUGAGCUAUUGCUUCUGUCUUUCUGGGGAAACAACUUUCAUGGCCGAAUUCCUUCCGAACUUGGGUUGCCUGACCUAAUGCUUUUAGAUUUGGCUUAUUCAAAUCUAUCAGGUUCUAUACCCUCAGAGCUGGGACUCAACCGUCUCCCUCAUUUACUCUUUCUUCAUGGCAAUCAACUAACUGGCACCAUCCCAACUAUGUUUGGUAAUUCUACCAUUGUGCGAUUGCUGGUAUGA